UAAAGUAAUCCACUUAACACAAGUAUGAUUGCCCGUUUUUUCAUAUAGACUGUGAACACGUUUAUUGUCCACGUUGUCGGGUGUAUAGUGUUGGCGGAUUUUACGUUCAGAAGCUCAGAAAAAGUGUCUAAACAGGGAAGUAUCAGCUGACCUUUUGAGCUAACGAGCUAACGUUAGCAGCUAGGUUGACACUAAAAGCAUCAGGAGACGAAGCCACAAUGUCAAGUAGUGUGUUGUGUGGUCGAAGCAGGUUGAUCCUAUCUAAAACUGCCAGCCGUCAGGCUUUAGCUGCUCUCCGUGUGGGCAGAACCAGAACUUUCUCUGCUGCGAGCUCAGAUGAGCCGUACAUAGCUGCAUCACCUGCAGACUCAGGUCCCAGGACCGUGUGGCCUGAUGAGAGCAUGGGACCAUUCGGACCUCAGGACCAGCGCUUUCAGUUACCAGGCAACACAGGGUUUGACUCCCACCUGGAGGGCAUGGGGAACCAGAAGAAGGCUCCGAUCCACAAGACGAUGCCCGAUGUACUGAUAGCACCGAGCUGCAUAGAGAGACACCAGUUCAUACUGGCCCAGUUUGUUAAUGAGUUCCAGGGCACGCUGGGUACUAUAGAGUCCAGAGUCCACAAAGCUGAGCAGUAUUUUAACCAGACAGACACAGACACAGACUGCGCCAUUAACUCCUGCCCCGAGCUGCUACGGAAAGAUCUGGAGCUCAUGUUCCCGUCAGCGCCCACAGCGUCCAUCACAGUCGUGACGGUCACACAGAGCAACGGUCAGUGUGAGGACGCAGUGGAGCAGGACAAAGACCAGCUGCUGCUCAAAUUUGUCAGCGGAGCAAAAGAAAUGUGCUUCGCUCUGUGGACCGCCGGUUACUGGGCAGACUUCAUCGACCCGACAACAGGAGAAGCUUACUUUGCUUCCCCAUCAAGCGACACCAAACUGCGGACAGAAGAGGAACUCAGAGACCUGGGCUUCCACAUUGAGGUGUCGGGCUCCUGCACAGUUAUUCGCCACAUCCUGAGAGGGACACCUUUGUUUGUGGGGACUGUUUUCACCAAUGCACCUGCUCACAGUGCUGCUAUUGCAAGACUACAAGGACUUUCAAAUGUACUUGCUGAUGAGGAGUAGGGUUUUUAAAAAUAUAUAUAUUGCACAGAACUAAAAUCCAAACAUGGCCUCUAUUUAUGGUUUGAAGAAGCUUGGAACUUGAUGUAAGAUUGUGUUGGUACAUGAUUUGUAUCAGUGAAAGGUUGUGAAAAGUUUUUUUUCCCGUUGAAACGACUUGACUGAGACUCUAAUGUAAACCUCACCUCAAUGCUGUGCCUGCCUGGCGUGAGGUGGUCCCUGCUCAGCCUGCACCACAUCCAGGGAGAAACACACUCAGUGCAGCAGGAGGGGCCCCGGCUGCAGAUUAAAGGCAUUUUAACAUGUAACACAUGCUGUUUCAACUUUGUAGAGGAUGUGAACACGUUAGAGGGUGCCAUCAUGUGUGUUUUAUGCUGUAAGAAAUGUGAAUAUCAAAAGGAAAUUCAUAUUUCCGCUAAAUAACUUUUCAUACCAACAUGUACUGUGUUGUUUUAUGUGUUGCACAUAAUAAUAUGGAUACUGUUUCAGCUGUGACCAUCAAAACUGCUCUGCUCUUUAGAAAUUAACUUUAAAAUUUUUAAUUAAAAAUGUCAAAAUGA